GUGUAAUCAAUACCAUAAUCUGCAGAGUGAACGACUCACUAUCAUACUUACCAUCUUGACAUUCAACACAAUUACCAAGUCAUACUUCCCAAGUUAACUCACUGAAUAUGGCGUCCACGCAGUGGGUUCAGCUCCCGUUCGCAUUAGUCACACCUGGACAGGUCCUCUCGGCCGGCAUUGUACUGCCGCUAGUGUGCAUAGCACUUGUGAGCAUACGCUUUCAUAUUCGCAGAAUCCAGAAAACUCAUUUGGGAAUCGACGACUGGCUCAUCACCCUCGGUGUGAUCUUCAUAACUGGCAUGGGCGCAUGCAUGAUCACUGGUGAGCGGCUUCAUGUUUACGGCUAUCCUACGCCUGUCCCUUCAGGCACGGUGGCUUCCGAGGCAUAUGGCCUAUUUCUUGAUGCCUAUAUACAACUGGCUAAGAUACAAUUCGCGAUGCAGUUCCUAAUGUGUUUUGCCUACGGAUUCGUAAAGGCGAGCAUUAUCUUCUUUUGUCGACGAAUAUUCCUUGGCCAUAAGAAUACGGCAUUUGACUGGGCGUCACUCGUUGGGCUGGGCCUAGUUACUUUAUGGUCUGUUGGAUUUCUCUUCGGACUCGUCUUUGGGUGCGGGAAACGGGUCUGGCUACAUUGGGUCCCUUUACAGGAAAUGGAAGAAUCAUGCGACGGUAUCUCGCCAGAGGAAGCAAUGGUUAUAUCGGACUUUAUUCUGGACAUCUUCUUACUGAUCCUUCCAAUACCUUCGAUCUGGAGCCUUAGCAUGUCUACAGGGCGAAAGUGGGCUGUGACGUCGAUUUUUCUGGUUGGAUUGACGUCUCUGGCAGCAUCAGCCGCCAGAAUGUCGAUUUAUUUAACAGUUCUCUACCAGGGGUAUGGCGCGGGUUACGAUAUUAAUAGAACCGCGUCGACAAUGCUUUGGUGGACCAUGCUCGAAGUUUCGCUGGCAGCCAUUGCUGCUUGUCUUCCAACACUCAGCUUCUUGGCCAGAGACGCUGGUUUGCGAAAGAUAUUCCAUAGUCUGAGCAGUAUGACUAGCCUCCCUAGUUCAUGGAGGCGUUGGUCCGGUUCAAAGUCCAACAAGCCUCUAGAAAUCAGCCAAGACAGCUUGUACACCAGCUCCUACCCCAUGGGUCACGUAACACAGAUUGGUACACAUGAGAAAUCAGUGGGCAGUUAUCAGAGCGAGCCUGUAAAACAGAGUAUUGGCUCGCUCGUGUAAGGAUGUACUAGGUACAUUCGCAUACCGAUGCAUACGCGGAUCUGAUGGUCAGAUCAUCCGUAUUAGAUGGAAUACAUAUAACCUGGGAGAUUAACAGAGCUUAUCUCGCGAUAGCCUCGUCUCAGAUUGGGAUGUUGCUUAUUUUAGGUAAAGCUGCGUGAUUAACACUUCUUGGUGCAUAUAAGUCGGGGCACCCAAGAUGAUCGUACCCUAUGACGAAUGAAUAUAAAAGCUUUAUGUUUCUA